AUGCCCUCCCUCGUUACGGUGCUCUGCAUGGAUGUCUUCAUACUGCUCGUGUGGCUCUUUCUGUGGCCGCCCAUGCAGCUUGCCAUUCUCGACUUUGCAAAGCCCGUCAUCGCCGCCACUCUGGGCGGUGGAUCUAACACGAGGGAGGGUGCUUCGAGGAGCGUUACUACCUGCUUCUUCCUGGUUAUAGGCUCGCAUCUUCUGCGCGGUUCAAGAUUCCACUGGACCCGGGCAACAAAGUUCCUCCCAGCCAAUUGGCGGUUCUCUCCCGACUCUGACGACCCGUUAGAAACAUUCACUCGCGGUUUCGAUAAAAGAGGACCGCACGGGUGGAUCAAGAGCGUGCUUGCCAUACAUAUUCUGACGCAGGGCAUAGUGAGGUACAUAAGAGAGUGGUAUUUGAGAAGAGAAAAGGGAAGUCCGUCGACACACAGCAUAACGGACCCGGAGGCUGGUAAGUCGUACUCGAACGAGACGACGACCGACACAGGGUUUGCUACGCCCGACAGCGACACGACUUUCCAACAAAAUGCGACAGUAUCAUCUACGAAAAAGAAGAGAAAACAAAGCACACAGGUGCGUCUUCAGCAGCCGCUGUGGGCGGCCCUAGCGAGCACCAAAAUUGUCAUGGUUAAGGAGUACGAAUUAUCGCAUGCUACUUCCGAGUCAGCCGGUUCCAACGCUACCGACAUCCACAACUUGGGGAAUGCCCCCUUUGACAGUCAGGCCGAACAGAUUUGGAUAUCGUACAUCGGCCACGAUGAGGUCUGCUUUAAUACCAGCUACUUUCCUGACAGCCCGAGCGCUGCCGCGAAUGGGCACGUUUCGCGGCCGGCAGGAGUCGACACUUCAAAACCUUUCUACGUCCGAGUAAACAACGCCUUCUGGCAGCCGACACGUAUCUUUCGUAUCCAGGACGACGACGACCAAGACGAGCAAUCCAGCCAACACCGUUGGUGUGGUGACAUUUACGGACUGCGGCCGCUGUCCAAGUACGUCUGCGAGUUUGUCGAUACACGCACGAACCGAGUCGUCUUUUCCACCAGCAUCCGAACCUCUUUCGCGCCCAACAAGGAUCAAGAGGGCUCCGUCAACCCGCCCGUCAGCACGCCACAGUCUCUCCGCCCCGACUCGCCCGCGACGACGCUGAAGAGCACAAUCAACGCGAAUAACGAGCGGCUGGCCGAAGAGAAAUCAAGGCUGAAGACGCUGCGCAAGGAGUGGAAGAACAAGAUUGCCUCGCUAAGGAAAGAAAACGAAAGACUCGACAACGUGAUUCAGACCGCCGGUGGCAACGACGACAAGCACAGGCAGAAGAUUAUCCAGCAAGAGACCAACAAAGCCCAAUCCGAAAAGGAAAUUGCCCAGCUCGAAGCGGAGCUCAAGGAGUUUGAGAAAGCACCCGAGGGAUUCUACGAGCGUAAGAAACAGACCGAAAAGGAGUGGGCUGCCGAAAAGGCUGUCUUCGAUACCGCCUCCAAAGAAUACAAGGAAUACAAGGCCGCCAUCGCCAAAGCUGUGAAAGCCAAGGAGGAUGAGCAGGCCGCCGCGCAGACCAAGCGGAACAAAAUCGCAGCACGCAUCGCCAAGGUAGACACCGAGCUCGGCAGAAUCACGGAUGCCAACAACCGCGGGCUGGACGAGGCCGAGCGGAGGCGCCAGGCUCGCAUCGCCUGGCAGGCGGAGACAUCGACGAUUGAGAACAACUUCAGGGGCAGCAUUGCGGACAUCAAGGCGGCCAACGCGAACAAGCAGGAGCAGGUCAACGCUUUGCUUCAACAGCUCCAGGCAUAUCAUGAGCACAUGAACUAUGCCACAACUGCCGCGAUGCCUUAUGAUCUUCCCGAACGUCAUUCCGCCCAGCCUCAGACUACGUCGUCUGCCUACAAUCCCGCUGCGCCAGCCUGGACACCGCCGUCAGCCGCAGCAUCGCAGUAUGUGAUGCCUGCCGGGCCUAUGUGGCCCACGUCCACCAUGACCGCGUCCGGCUCUGUGUUGCCGCUGCCAGCGUCCUCUAUGCAGCCUGUGUGGGGUUACCCGCCUACGCACCAGAGCACUGUCUCUCUCAAGGCUAGGGGCCGCUCCUCCUCGAUGCUUAGCGAUGUUUCCGGGUUCACGCAGUCUAGCAAUGGCGACGACGAAUUCUUGUCGCUCCACAACACGCCUGCGCAGCAGCCCAUGGCCCAGCGCACGCCCGUCACGUUUGCCUUUACGCGACUAAAAGGCUCGGAACUGAUUUGCGACUUGUCGAGUAUUGGUCGGUUCAUGGGCCUGUCUGUAAAGCUGGGUGGUUGGGAGUGA